UUCAAGGAGGAAAUGAUGAGCUGUGGUUACAUAACCGAGCAUGAAGUCACACUUCUGCUUUUGGCUGCGCACAUAGAUUACAGGGGGAGUAAAACUAGAGGCUCCAAACAGCAGUUACUGGACUAAAAAGCUGCAUGUUUAACUGCUCUCACAGCACAGAGACGUCACUCAGAAAAUUGAGGUGUGGCUUAUCAGUAAAAUGAAAACAGGAAUCAGCAUCUGUCGACCUCUCUGUUUCCUGAGGAUUUUGAUCAUAUUAAUAUGACUUUCUUUUCUGCUUUUUACUUUACCCCAAUAGCACACCUGUGUCUUUUACAAAGAAACAAAACUUCUGUGGUUUCCUUUUAUGGUGUAUGUUGCGUUCCUAAGAACAUAACAUCUGUCAUUUCAUUUGGCUGGAGGAAAUACAGAGACUGUGGAAGGACGACUGGUACUUUAAGGUGAAAGCUGACUGUGGGACUGUGAUUCCGGUUCAAGCCAUGCUUUGUGAAGGCAGACUGUUGAGCAUGACCUAUGGUGAACUGGAGGAGCUGGACCCACUCCCUCCUCAAAGAACUCCCCAGACUGCUUAUGGGCUGCCGAGAGCAGCUGCUACCGUGGUGCCAGGCUCUGUCAGACACACUCCACUCGUUCAUCACAAUUCCCCUGAGCUGACAGGUUGCACAGACAACGGGAGUGAUUCGGAGGAUUUGUACAUUUCACCUCUGCAGUCCUUUGAUUUCCACGGAGCCCAGCCGGGCAGACAGAUCUCUCCAGAGAUAGAGAUCCCAGCUCAGGCUGGCUCAGUUGGUGAAGCCCCCUUCUUGGUUCCUUCCUUCUGUCAGAGCAUCUGCCAGAAUUACAGUGACCUCCAUAUCGGAGGCGACCAGGUGCUUCCUCUUUCAACCAAUGAUGGUGGGCUCCAGGUCUGUACUGAGAACCAGGCUGCUGGCCCUUUCCUCCAGUCCUGUGAUGUCCCCCCAGCAGUGGAGGACUCUCCCCCAGGACAGGCAUCUCAGGGUGGACUUAUGCAUCCACAGAGAGGAAGUUCAAAUCGCUGGAGACUGGGGAGCACCCGUGAUCGGAGUUUUUUGCUCCAGGGGCGGGAAGGUCCAUUCUCCAACUCUCUUCUAAAUCAUUAUCUUGAGCAGAAACUCUUAGAUUUGUACCAGCAAUACAUGAUGGAGAACAUGGCCAGGGAAGGCGCCCCUGGUUCAGACUCUAACCAAGGCCCCAUCUGCCCUCUGCUGGGAUCAGAGCUGGUCCUGACCAGCCUGGACCAGAUCACUUUGCAGCUGAGUCGAGAAGGGAACCUGGAGGCCGGCCUGGCAAAGGACAUGGUCCUCAGCUGCCUGCUGCGGGUGGCUGGUGACAUGCAGUCAAGUGAGAUCAGCACUCCCUUUCUGCAGAUUUCAAACGAGGCAUCCAGGGAGCAGCCCACAGAGAAUAAAGAGAAGUAGCUCCGGUGUCAAGGAACUUACUCAUUCAGUUCUCCCUUUCAUUUUAGUUUUAUCACCAAAAAAUAAAAUGAAACUCAGGACUGCAUUCAGUUUUUUUUUAAUUCAUACUCUAGUCAGAGUUUAAUGCUCAUUCUGUACGUGAUUAAUAAUUACCAAAUGAUUCUGCUGUAUUCAUGUAUUGUUAUUUUAAAAUGCAAUAAUGAAAAUAGUGUGUGUCCAUGUGGUGUGUAGUUUUCACUUUGUGACGGACAAUAAAGACAGGAACUGAAAACUGAAAACUGAAACUCAUCUUUCCUGUUUUUUUUUUUUUUCAUUUCAUAACAGAACAACGUGUUCCUACUUUUUUUCUCACUGGCCAUGUCUUCUAGUAAUGAUCAACAAUGUCUAUGUCUGAUUAUCAUUUCUUCAUCUAACAUAAAUGUGCGGCAUCUUGACAUUUAGGAAACCAAAUAAAUAAUAUGUAACAACAUGAGGAUCAUCACAGCUGCUUCAUUGUUGUUUAUUUCAGUGGAAUAAACUAAUUCUGUGUACGGAGGACGAAA